CACCACCAAGCUGAGAGUUGAGAGUCGUUGGUUGGUCGCCUCUUCGGCCGCUGCUGUCAUCUGUCACAUCCACACCUCUCACACACACACGUUCCUUUCAUAUUCUCCUCCAUCUCGAAGAGAUUGAUCCACGCCCUCUCGCUCACCCAGCAGCUAGUGUAUAGACUAGUCUGGGUGCGGUGGUGGAGCCAAUCUCACCAUCACCAUCAUCAGGAGCAGCAUGCCUGGCAAGAUGCUCUCCAGGUUUGUGAUGAUGACCCUCAUGGGAAUAGCUGCAGGGACGCCCCACCCAGAGUGCGAGCCUUGCGCCGCCGUUGCGAAAGCGGAGCUCGAAGCCCUCGACCUGAAUGACAAGUACCUCUGCUGCGACCUGACCUGUGCCCAAACACCGGUCGCCGGUUGCGGCAUCUUCGGUCUUCCUCUGGUAUGCAAGGCCUGCUACGACGGCGAUGGCACCCCUGCUUACGACGAUGACCCUGUCGAUGGCGACGGCACGACCCCGUCCACUACUCCCGCACCGGCCACCGCCGAACCGGUGACCGCUGAGCCAGUGACGGCCGAGCCGGUGAUGCCGGUGGCUGCUCCCACUCCUGAGAUGCCAGUUGCCUCUCCUACCCUGGAGCCCGUCAUGCCGGUCAUGCCGGUAACCACCCCGACGCCGGAGCCCGUCAUGCCUGUCGCGGGGCCCACUUCUGAGCCGGAGCCGGAGCCGGACAUGUCCAUGUCGUACGACUUCGACGACUGCUCCCCCUGCGAGGAGGCCACAGAAAUACUCACCAUGGAGGACUGGAUCGCCCUCGAGAACGAUGGACUGGAGCUAGUCUGUGACCCGGACUGCUACGAGAACUCCAUGCUCGACGGCUGCGGGGCCUUCGGUCUCGACACCGAGUGCCGUACUGUCGAGAUCGACGAUGGAGAGGGUGAGGGUGGGGGCGAAGGAGGAGGAACCACGUCCUCUGAGACCGGAGCGGGCGGGGGAGAGGGAGGAGGAACCACGUCGUCGGAGACCGGAGCGGGCGGGGGAGAAGGAGGAGGAACCACGUCGUCGGAGACAGGCGAGGGGGGAGGAGAGGGAGGAGGGGUCACGUCCUCUCAGACGGGAGAGGGUGAGGGAGAGGGAGAGGGAGGCGGAGGAGACACCACCUCCGGAAGCUGCACCGACGCGGAGAUCGCCAUGUGUGCCGACAUCUCCCCUGCACAGGAGGAGGCCCUUGCCAUGUACGACGGCGGCGGAAAGGUGAUCGUGUGCGACCCCACCUGCCUCGGCGGGGACAUUUCUCACUGCAACUACUUUGGCCUCGGACAGCUCUGCCGUGGGUGUGGCUCUUGCUCCGAGUGCGUGCCUUGCCCUUAAGCCUUGAGAGCUUAACAGGACAGAGCAUACACGGCACGCGCCUGCCUCCUCGGAAGGAACGAAGUCAACAGCAACAGCACGGGUCGCGUCAACUGGUGCCCCUGAUAGAACGGGACCAUUGGGAACGUUUUACGUCGGACAACGCCGAUGACCACUACAGAGAAGUCGUCGCCGUCGUCGAUGCGUUUUAUUUUUCCCUUUUCGGGCAGGCCCCCAACCCACCAAAGGAUGACGCUGCCCCGUGGCUUGGCUGCUGUUUUAGCGCCCGACGACCUCUCGAACGUAGGGCCCAACGUCGAUUGAUGUGAUGGCGACGUUGUAGCGCCGUGUGUGGUCAUUUUGUAGUUGGCUGGGUGUGGCGCCACCCUUUUGGUUGGGUUGCACUUGGCUCCUGUCGAAGUGUGUCUCAAGCUGAUUUGGAUCGGGGCUUGGCAUGCCCCGGUUUUGUUUCAUAGUUGGAGCUCCAGCUUUAAAAUAUGUGGUCGGUUCUCCGCGAAUCGGACUGUCUCCAAUUGAUUUGGUUUCCCCUUGGAAGGAGGUCGGUGCCCCUACCGUAGCGUAGAAAGUGUUAAGCGAGUCCCGGCCACGACCCCGUAUCUGUGUCGUUUGUGUCCCUUGGUGCACGCAAUAAUGUUAUCGAGGGGAGAUUAGCCCACCUUUCCUGGGUACUUACCCUGUGUAGCUGUUCUUGUUCGUUUCUUCCAUCAUGGUAUCCUCGUAAUGGUGUAUGCAUUAUCUGUGUAAAUCAAUCCACCUUGUUUGUUUUUGAGUUCUUUCGCGUGUCGUGCUUGGGAAGCAAUGUUUGGAAGCAAUGUUUGCUCCCAUUUCCGCCGCGCCACCGUGUAGCCUGUCUCAGUGGCCUCAGUGGUCUAUAGGUGGCGGAUAGAGAUGUUGGCGACAUAUACUUUGUCAAGUCGGCGAGCAAUUCGGCUGUGCAUGCCACUUGCUGCAUAGGGGAUUGUAAGGGUGUGUGAGCAAAAGAGGUUCGUAUGCCGUGUGUAUCCCCAUGUGGUGAAUGAAUCAAUCAACAUGCAUAUCUUGUGCCGUUGUGUCGAUAUUAUUGUCCGCCUUAGGCGCAUGUUGACAUGUUGUUUCUCCGUCGCCCCCCUCCUUGAUUGUUAUGGCCAGAGUAUUGAGUGGUAGUUGCCAAGCUGCAAACCAAACGGAAAACGGUCGAACUUCUGGGUCCGAGAGAAGUCCUGCCGAGGCCGCUCACCGCUCACUCAUGCUUCCAAGAUGGAAGAUGGCCACGAUCCAAAUUGUGUCAUGGACAGCAAUCCACCUACAACGUGAGUUGAUACAACGUAAGGCCUGGCGCAUUUUCGGGGAGUCCUCUCUUGAGACGACACUUCCUUCGGCGAGCGUUCUGGCGAACAGGAAAGGAGCACAAGUUGAGUCCAGGGCUAACACAGCUAGUCUCACUCUCACCACCUUACCUUUAGACUACCCAGACCCCGUCAGGUAAGGCAACCGACCACAUGUACAAGCCCAUCCGAUGUAUUGCUGCCAGGUAUUCUCAUGCCUCCGGCUUUGACGCUGUCUGACAACUGCUAUGUUCGCCUGAUCAUUCCUACAGCCAGCCCCAUGUAUACACACUAAAAAAAGAGACAUCAGGCAGUCGACGACGGCCUAUUAGACUACUGCUUGUUGUGUAUGCAUACCGUGUAUGACACAAAAUAACACACCCCCUUGACCGAUU